ACUUCCCCUUUAAUGCCAUCAGUACGGGUUGAUUUCGGUCGGCAGAAUGAAUUCAACUAAAGUUACCGCUUUUUAACUUUCUGCCAACUCACAGUAAAAGGCGUAACUUCGUCUUGUAGAUGUACGCGUGCUUAUCGCUGAUGUUUUAAAGUGUUUGUGUAUAGUAAUGUUGUGGUUAGUGUGCUUGUUGUUGUCGGGUGUGAUGAACACUGGACCAGCUGAAGGAUAUUUCCAUGAGGAGCGCUGGAGCCCGGAGUCUGCUGAACUCGCUCCCCGAAUAAUGAUCUCGCUCAUCUGCCGUAACGCUCAGCACUCGCUGCCUCAUGUACUGGGUGCUAUUGAGCGUCUAAAUUAUCCAAAAGAUCGUAUUGCCCUCUGGGUGGCAACUGAUCACAGUAUUGACAACACUACAUAUAUGCUGCGAGACUGGCUUAUCAAUGUACAGAAGCUAUACCAUAAUGUGGAGUGGAGGCCGAAGGAGGAACCAAGAGCAUAUUUUGAUGAGCAAGGACCCAAGGAUUGGACGAAUGAGCGGUACGCCUACGUAAUGAGACUGCGUCAAGCAGCGCUCGAAUCUGCACGAGAAAUGUGGGCAGACUAUCUCAUGAUGAUUGACUGUGACAAUCUCCUGACCAAUCGUGAUGUCUUAUGGAAGUUAAUAAAGGAGAACAAGACAAUUGUGGCUCCGAUGCUGGAGUCUCGUGCGGCCUAUUCCAACUUUUGGUGUGGAAUGACAUCCCAGGGCUACUAUAAACGAACGCCUGCAUACAUUCCCAUACGCAAACAAGCGAGAAGGGGCUGUUUUGCCGUUCCCAUGGUGCACUCGACGUUCCUGGUGGAUCUACGGAAAGAAGCCUCCAGACUGCUGGCUUUUCACCCACCGCAUCCAGACUACACGUGGGCCUUCGAUGACAUCAUAAUCUUCGCCUUUUCAGCCCGUAUGGCAGAUGUCCAGAUGUUUGUUUGUAAUAAGGAGACAUUCGGAUUUCUCCCAGUCCCUCUUCGCAUCCACAGCACGUUGCAGGAUGAGGCAGACAGCUUUAUUCAUACUGUACUAGAGGUCAAUGUACGAAAUCCCCCAGUUGAACCUUCUAGACACCUUCCCAAACCUGUGAAGACGCCUGACAAAAUGGGAUUUGAUGAGGUGUUUAUGAUCAACCUGAAGCAACGAGCUGAUCGACGCGAGCGCAUGCUGAGGGCACUGCGAGAGCAAGACAUUACCUGCAAGAUUAUUGCCGCUGUUGAUGGCAAGGCAUUGAAUGUCAGUGACAUCCAUGCAAUGGGAAUCCACAUGCUGCCCGGCUAUAGUGACCCCUAUCAUGGAAGACCGCUGACAAGAGGAGAGAUGGGCUGUUUCCUUUCCCACUACAACAUCUGGAAAGAGAUUGUAGACAGAGGCUUGAAGACCUCAUUGGUCCUUGAAGAUGAUUUGCGCUUUGAGAUCUUCUUCAAACGCCGCCUGCAGAAUCUGAUGCACGAGGUUGAGAGUAAAGGUCUGGAUUGGGAUCUCAUUUAUAUUGGGAGGAAGAGGAUGCAGGUGGACCAUCCUGAGAAAGCAGUACCAAAAAUUCGCAACCUAGUGGAGGCGGACUACUCCUACUGGACCCUGGCUUACAUGAUGUCUUUACAGGGAGCCAGAAAACUCCUCAAAGCAGAACCACUCAGCAAAAUGUUACCUGUGGAUGAGUUUCUGCCUAUUAUGUUUAAUAAGCAUCCUGUAUCGGAUUACAUGGAGCAUUUCGAGACAAGGGAUCUAAAAGCAUUUUCAGCUGAGCCUUUGCUGGUGUUUCCUACACACUACACGGGUGAACCUGGGUACAUCAGUGAUACAGAAACAUCCACGGUGUGGGACAAUGACAAGGUGCGUACAGAUUGGGACAGGAAGCGGUCGGGUAAGACUAAAGAACAGGCUGAGAUCAGCACAAAGGCACAAAACACGAAUGUGCUCCACUCUCCACUGGACAGAACGGCUCGAGAUGAGCUAUGAGAGACACACCGAUUGACCCGUGACAUUACUGAGAUUGUAUCAGUUUUUCUUCAUCCUCUCUAUCUGAGGACAUUGUCAAACGUGUUUCCUGUAAGUGAGCUGUUUGACUGAUCAGAAGAAGGCUUGAAAAUGUUUCUUAUUUGUUUGUUUUUAAGCUUGACUAUCUAGAUAAACUGACUCUACCUAAUA